AAACUGAUUGUAAAAUGAUAACAGAUUUAGUUAGCUCGCCAUUUUAUGGACGCAUGGAAGCAUUUUGACUCUCGGCUCAUGUUUUUAUUUUUAAUUUUUUUGGUCGGAGCGGGAUAAAAAAGUUUGUAAAUGCUGAGUUUCCAAGAUGGGAACCGGAAGUCAGAUGUUCUCGGUGUUUUUCCUGCUGUCACCGUGUUUGUGUGUUUUCAACUCUGCACAGAUUAAUCCUUUAGUUUACGUGGAGGAGCUGCUGUGGAUCAGCGGAGCCCAGGGGGAUGUCAACACCUACAGGAUCCCCCUCAUCACCUUCACCCCCAAAGGGAGCCUGCUGGCGUUCAGCGAGGCCAGGAAGUUGUCGUCCGGCGACAUCGGAGCGAAGUUCCUCGCAAUGAGACGGUCGACCGACAAAGGAAACACCUGGUCCCCGACCGCCUUCAUCGUCGACGACGCGUACCACCCAAACGGCCUGAACCUGGGCUCGGUGGUGGUGGACGAGGAARCCGGUUCGGUCAUCCUGAUCUACUCCUACUGCUUCCACCUGUACCACUGCAGCCCGGCCAGCACCAUGAUGGUGGAGAGCGUGGACGACGGCCUGAGCUGGAGCGUUCCCAGAAACCUCUCGGUCCAGCUCGGGGUCAAAGCKUUCGCUCCUGGGCCGGGCUUCGGCAUCCAGCCAGUUGAGUUGCCGGACGGCAGCAUCAUGAUCAACGUGAGGAACCAGAACAACUACCACUGCCGCUGCCGCAUCGUGGUCCGCAGCCUGGACGGAGGCCUGACCCUCCCCGUGGACGAGCUGUUUUUCGACACCAAUUUGGUGGAUCCGACCGUGGCAGCCGGAGCGCUGCAGAAARACGGCGUGCUCUACUUCAUCAACCCCGCCAACGAGCAACACAGAGUGAACCUGACGCUGCGAUGGUCGCUGACUAAYGGGAAGUCUUGGGAAAACAAAGCCGUUCAGAUAUGGGGAGGGCCGAGCGGUUACUCCUGCAUCACGUCGUUGGACAGCGGCUCCGUCGAUGAUGAAAAAUACAUUUAYGCCAUCUAUGAAAAGGGGAAAAAUAACUACUGGGAGACCAUCUCGUUCGUCAAGAUUAACCUUUACAGUGGACGGUAGAGCUACCAGUCAGAUUYAAAGGGAAAGGAGAAUUACUCUCAGGAAUAAAGCAACGCAGAAUAAAAAAAAACAAAUGAGACUCAUCACUGUGAACUUCCAUUUGUUUGUGUUUUUCUCUUCUCUUUUUCUGUUCCCACAGCUGAUUAGACUUGGUGUUUAAUUUAUAUUUUACCAAACAUUGCAUAGUUUCAUAGCUCUGUUAGGCUUUAAAAGCCCAAACAUGACCAAGGAGGAAAAAUAAAUCAGAGGAUUUUUUUUAAAAAGAUCUGUUUGGUGAUCUUUGGAUUUGUUGUAUGUUUGUUGAAUGUUGGUUAUUAUAUUACAAGGGAAUGGUUUUAAUAAACCAGAGUUCUGUAACAUGUUCUGUUUUUAUUAUGUUUCUGAUAUAAGUUUAUGAAUUAUGAUCAACCACUAAGAAUGUAUUAUUUCUUUUGUCUGUGCUUUUCAAAUGUUUAAAAAUUGUUUUUCAAAUAAAUAAAAAAAUCUACAUUCUAAUUUA